AUGACGACGUCUUCCAUAGCCCCCGCCACCACCGCCGCAGUUCCCGCGAGCAGCUCGGCGGCCUCAAAUGGCGAUUCGACGCGCGACUUGACAGCGACAGCACAGCCUGAGCAGCCAGGGACAUCUGCAGCUGCAGCGGGGGCCGUAGCCGAGGGGCAAGCGGUGGUUGAGGGGAGCAUCGAGAACGGAGACAGAGAAACGCAUGUACCAAAGAAGCCAGCUCCCAGGGACCGGUCCGUCAUACCCGACCAUAACGCCGCCCUCAUCACGCCUGCGGGCGACAUCUGGCCACGCCCGUACGUCUUUGAGGACGACCUACGCCGCGUGCUACCCUACCACUUCACGUACAACACAUACUGCAAGGAGAGAUGGCGGGGACGCUCGCUUAUUGACAUCUUCGAGUCCGAGUUUCGAGACCGACCUGUCGAGUACUACCGAAACUCCAUGGUGCGAGGCGACAUCUUCGUCAACGGCCGCGUGGUUGGCCCAGACUACAUUGUUCGCAACGGAGACUUGAUAUCGCACACGUUGCACCGACACGAGCCUCCCGUCACCGCGGAGCCUAUAGGCAUCAUCCACGAGGAUGACGAUAUUAUCGUCAUCAACAAGCCUUCGGGCGUUCCUGUGCACCCCGCUGGCCGAUACAAUUUUAAUUCGGUCAUCGAAAUCAUGAUUGCGGAGAGGGGAAGAGGCUUCAUGCCAUACCCGUGCAAUCGAUUGGAUCGCCUGACCAGCGGCAUCAUGUUCAUUGCCAAGAGCGUCAAGGCAGCGGAAGCCAUGGCCAUCAAGAUCAGGGGGCGCACUGUGAGGAAGGAGUAUCUGGCGCGCGUUGUCGGCCACUUCCCAGACGGCGAGGUCGUCUGCGACCAGCCGAUACUGCAGAUCUCCCCAAAGCUGGGACUGAAUCGCGUGCGCGCUAAUGGCAAGUCAGCCAGGACCGUCUUCAAGCGUCUGGCGUACUACCCGCCGCCGGACGGGGACGCUGAUGAGCCGGCCGUGCUGGCUGAAGAUGGGCGGCCACCUACGCCAUCGAACGAAGAAGAACGUGGCGCAGAUGAGCAGCGUACGCCUUGGCUGAAGAAGAAGGGCUACUCCAUCGUUCGAUGCCUGCCGGUAACGGGUAGGACGCACCAGCUUCGAGUGCACUUGCAGUAUCUCGGGCACCCUAUUCAAAACGACCCCAUCUACGCCAAUCAACGGGUCUGGGGCCUGAACCUUGGCCAGGCGGAUGCCGAUGGAUCACACAAUACCGACGAGGACAUCAUUAGCCGUCUGAAUCGCAUGGGAAAGGAGGAUGUGGCGGAGGCUGUCGUAUACUACGACGAGAUGGUGGACAGGUACGAGAAGAAGCGAGCAGAGAAGAUGACGGGCGAGUUGUGCGACAUCUGUGAGACGCCGCUCUAUUCAGACCCGGGGAGCCACGAACUGUCGCUCUGGCUUCACAGCCUGCGAUAUGAGGACGCCGACGGGAGCUGGGCAUACACGAGCCCGCUGCCCAAAUGGGCCCUCCCCCCCGAGGGUAUGAGUGGGCCGACGACAGUGGGCGGCAUGGAGGAGCUUGUGGAAGCCGUCAGGGACGAGAACCCCGAGAUUUCGUCUGAAGUGCAGGCCAAGGCGAAGGCAGCGGCCGGAGCCAAGGAACAGGCUCAGACGGAGGCCGAAGUGCAAGAUGCUCACUCGGGUUCUCAGCUUGAACCGCCUCUCAACCGAAUCUAA